AUGCAGGUGGCGGCGCUGCCGCUGGCGCUGCUGGCCGCGCUGUGCGCGCGGCUGAGCGCGCUGUGCUGCAGCCUCGCGCGCCUCUCGCUGCCCCUGCGCGGCUGGCGGCGGCCUGCGGCCCCCGUGCGCGGCGCGGCCGCGGGGCGGCAGCGGGAGAGGCGGCGGGACGGGGCGGCCCCGACGCCCACGAGCGUCAACUACCACUUCACACGCCAGUGCAACUACAAGUGCGGCUUCUGCUUCCACACGGCCAAGACCUCCUUCGUGCUGCCGCUGGAGGAGGCCAAGCGCGGGCUGGCCAUGCUCAAGGAGGCAGGGAUGGAGAAAAUCAACUUCUCCGGAGGGGAACCGUUUCUCCAGGACAGAGGCGAGUUUGUGGGCAAGCUGGUGCAGUUUUGCAAGCAGGUUUUGAAGCUGCCGAGCGUCAGCAUCGUGAGCAACGGCAGCAUGAUCAGAGAGCAGUGGUUCAAGAAGUAUGGUGAAUAUUUAGACAUUUUGGCGAUUUCUUGCGAUAGUUUUGAUGAGGAAGUCAAUGUUUUAAUUGGUCGUGGUCAAGGAAAGAAGAACCACGUGGAGAAACUGCAUAAACUGAGAAAGUGGUGCCGAGACUAUGCUGUUGCUUUCAAAAUAAAUUCAGUCAUCAACAGAUUUAACAUUGAGGAAGAUAUGAAUGAGCAGAUCAAGGCACUCAACCCUGUGCGCUGGAAGGUUUUCCAGUGCCUGCUCAUCGAAGGGGAGAACUGUGGUGAGGAUGCUCUGAGGGAAGUAGAAAAGUUUCUCAUCAGUGAUGAUGACUUUGAACGAUUCCUGGAUCGCCACAAGAAUGUCUCCUGCUUAGUACCAGAGUCUAAUCAGAAGUGCUACAUUACCACUCUCAGCAACCAGCUUCAUCAUGCUGGAAGGCAGUAUUUGUACUUUUUUGUGAGGCUUUCCAUCAAUUAUGAAGGCAUUGAUCCCAGUCCAAUAGAAACCAGUGGGAAUUCUGGUGUGGUUUGGUGGACAUUUCUCACCCUGCGUCAGUGCAGGGCAGCAGAAGCUCGGUGGGGCUGGGGACCUUUCCACCGAGGCCACCGCUUGUGUCUGGCGCGGGUGGCUGUGCUGGGUGGCUCUCGCUCCAGCUCUGGCGGGGGGUGGACGCUGCAUUUGAGCAAACCAAGGAGACAGCGCUCAUUGCUCUCCCCAGUGCGCUCUGCUCUGUUAUGCCUUGGAAAAGGAGGCUGGUUGCUGCUGGAUGGGUAA